AUGGUUGCUCAGUGUCGUCUUGUUUCAGCAUCACCUACAAUGGCAGCAGUUAACGAGGUUCAGCUGACCGCCGCCGUGAACUUGGGCGCCCUUCUAGAUGCGGGGGAAGGCGCCGUGGUGAUAUUAGUGGCGGGCGAGACACGGCUGGCUGCCCACAGGACAGUGCUGGCUGCCAGGAGCCCCGUGUUCCAGGCAAUGUUCCAGCAUGACACGCUGGAGGCCAGCAGCGGCCAUGUCACAAUCACAGACGUGGAGGGGCCGGUGAUGAGGGAGCUGCUGGCCUACAUGUACACCCUUCAGGCUCCCGAGCUGCCUGGCAUGGCCCCGCUCUUGCUCGCAGCUGCUGAUAAGUACGGCUUGUCCGCCCUGAAGGCUGUCUGUGAGCAGCAGGUGGUCGCACAGCUCUGUGUCGAAAACGCUGCGGCCUCGGCCGUGCUCGCAGUGAGGCAUUCGUGCCCAAAACUCACAGCGGCCGCCGUCGCCUUCAUAAAGGCCAACCUCCACGUGAUGGGCACGAAGGGAUGGGCAGACAUGAUGCGGAACCAUCUCGAACAUGUCAUUGAAUUUGAUGAAGAGCCACUGGGAAUCUCUUGCUCUACUGAAUUUAUCAAGGAAGAUCCUGAACAAAAUUUGGAAGCUGGUGGAACUCAGAAUAUUGGAACCAAAGUGAGCAAAAACCAUCGUAAGAAAUUUGAUGAGGCAAUAGUCGAGCACUCAAGCAAGCAACAGGCAUCGAAACGGGGCCGUGUACUCGUGGUGUCGCCGGGGCAGGCGGCCUUCAAGGAAGUGAGUACGGACAGACACGAGUCUUGUGGCACUGAAUACAGCCCUCUGGACAGCGACAGCUCCCAGGGGGAUAGGCACAAACACCUCGAGCGAGGGCACAUUCAAGAUGGGGGCGGGGGGGGCGUGAGAAACCUCGACAGGGCAAGGCAAGCGACGGUGGAGAGGUCGAAGGGCCCGGCGAAGGGCCCGGCGGCGAGGCCAUGA